ACCUCGUUCUGAUACGCAUGGUCUUCUUUCCACUUCAGAAACACCACGCAUAUCCCAGUUUCCGACCGCUUGUUUAGCGGUUAACCUACCUUAACAAUGGUCCUGGACACCAUGGGAGAGGUUUUUGAGAUGUUCAAGAACAGCUUUCCGUUAUCUUUUCUGUUUUUCAUCCCGAUCUUCAUCAUCAUUUCUCCAGUGAGUCCGGUGAACGCCGCUCACGAAUUUGCGGCAUACCGAAUGCAGCAGUACGACAUCCAUGGACAACACUACGGUUGUAAGAGUGCCCUUGUGAACAUGGAGGCCAGACCAAUUGAUGCCAAAAUGAUCACCAGACGCUGCAUCAUUGUCCGACUCCAAGAAAUCUCGAUCUCUAGAUACCGUAAUCUGAUCCAGGAAAAUGCUGGGGCUUUGAUGAUUCUCCUCCCCCAGAACCUGACAUCAAUCAAUGAACAAGAGAAAAAGAAUCUUGAGGUCCUUGAGAGGGAAAUCCUGUCAGAAGAAACUUCAAUCCCUGUGUACUUUUCCCCGGAGACGGAUGAUUUGCUCCAGAUUCAUUCCGACCUACAGUCCGGUAGCUCCGGAGACCAGGCAACAACUGCCGUUGAUGCCCUGUUGGGUGCUGCUACUGCCAAUGGUUUCCAAAUUGUUGUCAAUGGUGCUCAGUCCAAAAGUCUUCCAGAUUUUCAAAUCACAAAUCUUCAGGGCCACCUGUCUGGGUUUGGGAUAGAAGAGCAGCUGCCAGCUAUUGUUAUUGUAGCACACUACGAUUCCUUUGGUGUGGCUCCUAGUCUAGCUCAGGGUGCUGACUCCAAUGGUAGUGGUGUGAUUGCCCUGUUGGAGCUGUCAAGGCUGUUUGCCAAGCUGUUUACGAACUCCCGUACUCAUGCCAAAUACAAUCUCAUUUUCCUGUUGUCUGGGGGUGGCAAGUUUAACUAUCAGGGAACGAAACGUUGGAUAGAGGACAACAUUGACUCACCAGACAGUAACCUACUGACAGACGUGUCCUAUGUGCUUUGUCUGGACAGUCUUGGUGAUUCAGACCAGCUCUUCCUCCACGUCUCCAAACCACCAAAGGAGGGCACACCAGGACACACCUUCUUAAAGAACCUUGAAGAAGUCAUCAAGACCUUUUUCCCAGCGACAUCCUUCAAAAUGGUGCACAAGAAAAUCAACCUAGCAGAUGACAUGUUGUCAUGGGAACACGAACGCUUCAGUGUCAAACGUCUCCCAGCAUUCACAGUGUCACAUGUGGAGUCCCAUAGAUCAUCCGAAAAAACCACCAUCUUGGAUACAAGAGACACAGUUGACAUUCACAAGUUAAGCCAGAACAUUCGUGUGGUAGCAGAGAGCCUGGCCAGACACUUGUAUAAUCUGACAAGCCAGCCUAACCUCAGACUCUUCACAGAAGCACUGGAUGUCCAAGAGAGUCUAGUGUCUGCCUGGCUUGACCAGCUCACUGCCCAGCCUCGGGCCAUGCAGCUCUUAGCCAAAGACAGCAGCCUGCUCAAUACCUUAGAAGAAACCAUGAACCGCUAUCUCAAAGAUGUCCGUCGCACAACUAUGAAGGCGGACAAAAGAGAUCCAGAGUUUAUGUUCUACGACGGUGCCACGUACCAGAUGAGUGCUUAUAAUGUAAAACCUGCCAUUUUCGACUUGUUCCUGGCUUUGGGAAUAGUUGGUUACUUGGCUGUCGUGUACUUUGCAGUAUUGAAUUUCCAUUACUUCUAUGGAGCUUUACGCAGUGUGACGAGCCCAAAGAGAAUGAAAGUGCAGUAGAGAUUGAAAUGUGUGAGAAAAGAUUCAUCAGCAUGCAAGAUCUUUUUAUAAAGAAGAGUAGGACACAAGAAUCUAUAAAGAACAAAAGCUUAAUAUGCAAACAACUUUUUAUACGAUUUCUAGAUAAUUGUGUGUGUAAUGUAAAAGAAAUUCCAUUUUAUGUGAUAUGUUUGAAUGUCCCUGUCCCCAGAGUUUUUUAUUUGCCAAAUAUUGUGUGUAUAUUUCAACACGCAAUGACUGACAGCAUCCAUGGUGAAAUUCAUUAAAUAGCUUUCAUGUCAAAAUUGUUUUAAUAACCUAUCAUGUAUGUUGCUUGUAGUUUUGAUAAUGUAAUUUUUGAUUUUUUUUAAUGAAAAAAAUCCAAUAAAUUAGCUCUUUUGAAUUCAAAAUUCGAGACAUCAAUAUUGUCAAUAUUUUCAGGAAUAAGAACAUAUUGAUAAACUCACUUUUUUCUCGCUUUAAAAAUCCAAAAGUUACACAAGUACUGACCUUCAGCUUUGACCUUAACUAUAUUUAUUGUGAUCUGAAUAAUUCUGAACAUCAAAUGAAAAUGCUGUAAAUGCAUAUUAUUUGUUAUGAACUAAUGCAAUGGAAAAAAAUCACAGUAUUUCAACUUAUAGAAUUGAUUUCACUAGUUGGACUUCCUGGUGCAAUGUACAUACGCAUUAAUAUAAUGUACUGUCAUUAUUAAUAAUCAGAUACAGGAUAAUAAGUUAUGACAUUUUAAAAGGUUUUAGUGACAUUAAUUGUUCAUUAAAUUGUUAUUUAGGAUACUCAAGAUUCAAACUUUUUUUUUAGAAUACAAAUAAUUGUUGUAAAUGGAAUAGGUUGGUGGUUGUAUAUGUAUUCAGUAGAUACUAUGUUCUGUUGAUCAGUUAUAUAAUAUUUUCUGUAAAUCAGUUAUAUUGAAUAUGAAUUUCUUUCAAUUGGUAAUCUAACUUCAAUUAAUUUUCUAUGACAUGUUGAAAAUAGUGUAUAUAGCUAACUAAAUAUUUAAACUUACUGAAGCAGUGGUGUAUCCGAACUCCGAGUGGAUUUGCCUAAGAUCCAAGCUCCAUAUUAAGUCAUCUAAUGACUUAGUUUUUAUGGUUUUCUUCAUUAAGAUACUGUUUUGGUUCUGCAAGGUUUUGCUGUUAUAACAUGAACAUCUGCGACUGGAAAAAACAUGGUGCGUUCUAUCAAACCUAUAAUCUUGAUAUAGGAUUUAAAGCCUACCCACACUAUUUACAUGUCUGUAUCGCGGUCUUCAGCUGGCAGCUCUAUGACGUCUUGGCUCAACUUUAGUUACCAUACUUAUCAUUAGUAUAAACUUCAACUAUGAUAUAAAAUAAUACAUGUACACUUUGAUAUAACAGUAAUAAAUAUACAUGUAAAUUUUGAUAUAACAGUAAUACAUGUACAUUUCGGUCCUUUUUUUUUCAUUUUCAAAAAUAUCCAAGAUGACUGUCAUCAUAAUUGAAAAGGUUGAUUAUAUCAAAGAUAGUGUGAUUUUGAACAAAGCCAACAUGAAGGAAAUACACAUACAAUUAUGGCUCAAGUUCAAAUGUGAUGUAGAAAAAGACUGCUUUUGUCAUAAAUAACAAUCACUGCAACGAAAAUAGAUAAAAAAUAAUAUACUCAUCAAUUUCAUUUCAUUAAGUGUAAGAUCACUAUACAUGUUAACUACACACAUACUGAGAGACUUCAAUAUUUAACAUGAAGAAACCUUAUAACAUUGAUUUUAAGGUUGAUUUAGUGUUUUGCGUUCCAAACAGUUGGACUAGAGUUGAUCAUUUAUGAAACGGGGACAGACCUAAUGGUUUGAUGUGGAUCUUGUGACCAGCAUUGACAAAGACUUUCAAGUCCUGCAUUAACAUUUGCAGGUCUGUCAGGUUUUACCCCUGAAAUAUUACAUUUAAAAAAAUAGCCUUAACGGUUGAUCUGCUUAUUUUAAACGAACAAGCCGGAAAAUUGUCAUGAAUGAUUUUGAAAGGGAUGUUUAAAACCUACAAGAUCAUGUAUUGUGCUUGGUACAUUUUUAUGGAAAUGCGUCCCACCUUUGUUUUAGAAUAUUCCUCUGUGUGUUUUCUGUUUGUAGGUUAUUAUAUCCUGUUGGUUAAUCCAGAAUAGCAAACACAUUCAGGGAUUGUUACUCUUUUUGUUUGAUUCCGAUUUCUGUACCCAGUUGUAUAGUGUGUUUAGUGUAUUAACCAAUAGGUAAUAAAGUGACCUUGAGAUGAUCUCCUGUCUAAAGUAC